UUUUAGUAGCGAACCUCUUCGGCCUUCGCUAAUGCCCGUUCAUUAGCGAACCGAUUAGCUAAUCAAAAUUGUCCUACAUAACCACUAGCUAAUCAAAUUUGUAAUUUAAAUUAUUUUCAUUCGCUAACGUAGCGAAAUUGUGGAAACCCUGUUGAGACAUACAGACCGACGAAAUGCGGUAUAGGGAUUCCUCUCAGCGUGAACCAACCAGGGUUCUAUGACUCUGGUUGCCAGGUAACGCGUCAUCGCCAUAGGAGGUAUUCGAGUUUACAGGCCUUAAGCAUUAAGUAGGCCUUGGUAAACGUUACGAAACUGAAUUUUGUCGGCAUGUCAAAUGAUGGAAAAAAUCUGGCUGAUAUUGUUAAAAAUGUGCACAGGCGAUUGCGCCAAGAAUUGUAUAAAACUGGGGACUUGGAAUCUGUCUGGAUUAAUCAUUGUAGAAAUGUGCCAUGUUUAAAGAAAUAUGCAAGCAGCAUGCAUAAACUUGCAACUGAACAUUGGGAACAACUUCGAGUUUCUAAUCCAGCCACAUCAAGAAUCAACUGGACUUGGUCUUUUCUCCAAUAUUACUUCUUUUCUGGUGGUUUGCAACAGCACAGACAGAAAUCCAAUUCAGAUACUGAGUGGCCUAAAUUGAUAUUGAAUGAGUCAAAAGUAGCAGUAUUAGAUGUGGGAAGCUGCUACAACCCAUUUGGAGAAUAUGAAGAGCUUGAUGUUCUGUCAAUAGAUCUGUGUCCAGCCCUUGAAUCGGUUUACCAGUGUGACUUUCUUAACAUCCCUCUUGGAAAAACAACAGUGAUUGAUGGCCAAAGUGUAUUGAGUUUGGCAACCAACCAAUUCCAUUGCAUAGUUUUUUCCUUUUUGCUGGAAUAUUUUCCCUCUCCAAGUCAACGAUGGACUUGCUGUGAGAAAGCCCACCUGCUUUUGCUAAGAGAAGGAAUACUCAUAAUCAUCACUCCUGAUUCUAAAGCAGCUCACUCAAACUCAAAAGUUAUGAGGAGUUGGCGAGAAGCUCUUAGUGCCAUCGGAUUUAAGCGCAUCAAGAUUUUUACAACCCCAGUGAUUCAGAGAACGAGGAAAAGGACGAAAUCAAGUUUACAGAAGCAGAACUUGCCGAAGGAUUCACUAACUUGCCUUUGUUUGAUGAAUGAAUUUUUAAAAAAUUUGAUACAACCAAUUACUUUUUUAUUCAACGAAACUUAGCAAAACGUGCUCAUACACAAAAAAGAGGAGAUAGAUUCGAGAAAGGGUGAAAUCCUGAACGACGUUGCUUGUGUUAUCUUUUUUUUAGGGUGUAGCACACGCAAAAAAGGUUACCGCGCAAAGAAAAUCAGACCACGAUUCAGUGAACAAUAGGCCUCUAGGCUAACAGAGUAGGCAUAGAAAAGAAAAGAAAAAAAAACACGUCUUGUGCGGUUCACGUAGGUUACCAUGAAAUACUAGAAAACAAGCAAAUUCAGCUUUCAAUAGGAUUCAUAUUCCAUAAAAGAUCAACAUGGAUCGAACAAAACAGCCGUACAAUGCAAGUGAUGUAAGUUAACGAAGGUCUGAGAGUAUUGGGAAACAGGCAGAUGACAACGGUAAAAGAAAAAGUAUAUAUAUAGAAAACAAAGAAAAAAAAGGUAAAGGUAAUAAAACAAAAGAAAAAAAAAAAA